AUGGCAUCUGGACGCCAGGGGCAUGCGCGCGACGAUUCUUUCGGCGAGUUUGUGUCUCCAGACACGCCGCCGUCAGAUGCACGCGGUAUUAUCGACUUGCGCGAGGUGGAGCGGCAGCUCGACGCGAAGCGCGAAGCGGAAGCGACACGGUCUGAGGCGACAGCGAUGGCCGCCAUUGACCCUAGCCUGAGCAUGGCUGCAGAGCCGAUUACUGCUCCCACACAGCUGACAGAGGAGCCACAGCCUAUAGAGCCGAGUGCGAGUGGCCGGCGGCUCUGGGGCGGCGCGCUGUGGAGUAAACUUGCGUCGCUUGGUGCGUUGGAAAAGGCGGGCAAGGCGUCGAGUGCCUUGCCUCGCGCUUCGGUAGAGAGGCGUGCACGUACAAUAGAGACGAUCCCCGGUGCGCCUGGCUUUGAUCCCAGUGUGGCGCCGCGCUGGAAUACGGGCGCAUGGUUUCUAAGCGGCACAGAGGAGCGAAGGCGCGAGCAAAAGCCCAUCCCUGUGACGCUCCGGGGGCGGCGCGAAGAUACAAGCAUUGUAUGCGACGAGUGGCGAGCUUCGCGUAUCCAAGCACUGCUUCCGCGGCGUCUUCGACUGGGCAAGUCAUGGCAGCUGCUCUACUCGCUCGACCAAGACGGGAGCAGCUUGGGAACGUUGUACGAUCUCGUCCAAACAGCCACCGAUUCGAACUACCGGCGGGGUAUGGGUGGCGAGCAAUGGCUUCGUGGCUCGUCUACCGCGGCGCAGCAGGCCAUGCUCGGCACGAAAAAGUCGGUCGGCACCGGCGUUGCGCUCCCGGACGCUGGAAUAGUGAUUAGCGUGCGCGAUGCACAUGGGAACGUGUUUGGCGCGUUUGUCAACGAGCCGCUCAAGAUCGCGCCGCAUUAUUACGGAAAUGGCGAGUGUUUCCUGUGGAAGACGGUGCGUCGGCGGCUGCCGUGCCCGCCGUCUGAGCUCACAGAGCCGGAUUUGCACCCAGAUAUGGCGGUAGAGGUAUUCCGGUGGACGGGAAAAAACGAUUAUAUGGUGCUCUCAGAGGCAGACUACUUCUCUGUGGGCGGCGGCGACGGGCGCUAUGGGCUGUGGCUCGACGCUGCACUGGAACGUGGGCUUAGUGCACGAUGCCCUGCAUUUAACAACCACGUCCUAUGUAACAAUGUGGAGAGCGACGCGGUGCAUGCAACCGAUUCCGAUGGCGUGCCUACAGGCAAUUUGCUGGGCAAUGCUCUGCACCACGAGCCAAUACCAGACAUGGCCAGGUUCACGUGCAUGGGCGUGGAAGUGUGGGCCGUAGGCAUGGACUAG